UUCAAUGUUAACACAGUCGAUGAUUUUGUUCAUUGUUCUCAUCAGUGUUCAAUAACUGCUCGCAAUGAUGAGUCGUCCGAUUAUAUUUGUGCUGUUAAUUUUGGCUACGUGCUUCCCUUACAAUAAUGGGAUGACCAAGGCCGGUUCGUUUAAAAGCUUUUUGAAAAAUCAAGGUGGAACUUUGGGCGGAAUUUAUGGCGCCCAAAUACAAGUAAUCGGCGGUCUGGUAAAGUACAACGAUGGAAUCAAAAGUGAACUGGAAAUAGCUAAAACAAUUGGUGACGCGGUCGUGCCAAUAAUUACGGCUGGAUUGAAUUUCAUUCCGGUGGUUGGACCGUUAAUUUCUGGCAUUUUUGGUGGCCUCUGGUCGGCGUUUUCACCACUUAUGGAAGGUGGACAACAGAACGCCGAUCCAGUGCAGGCCUUACAGUACGAAAUGGAAGUGUACAUCAACAAAAGCAUACAGGCAUCGGAGAGUCGAAUGAAUGACAAUAUGAAAGGCAAAUUCCGUGAAGUUAUAGCUAAGUCGAUUUAUGGCAAGAACAAUAGAGACAGGUACAUUUGCGAUAAGUACAGCGAAGCCGCACGUGUUUUCACCCAACAAAUUGAGAAAAAUAAAACAGUGAGUUCACUGCGAAGAACGGUCGUCGGUACCUACCUCAAUGAUUGUGACAAUUUCUUGAAAGAUACUGCCGAAGGUUUUGACUAUCCAGAAUUUGCUGACGCUCUCUGGAUACCCGCACUACAAUCAACAUUGACUCGAUUAGCUCUUUUAGCCGAAGCAAUUUAUUGGGGCGAAGAAUUGGGAAUGAUUCCAGAAAUAAUCUACAAUUUCCAUGGGGAAACAACGCGUGACGUUAAGAGGCAAUUGGACCGUUUCAAAGACGCCAUGGUCAUUGCUCGCGAAAAUAUGAAGAAAACCAACAAACGAUACGAAUUCACCGAGCAAGAAAUCGACGGUUGUAGAAUGCAGGCUAUGCUCCCAUACUUCGAUACGAGCGUUUAUCCGAAGGGAAUGCCCAAGCGAACAUCGAAUCCGAAUGAAUUUGCCAAACAGGAGAACACAACCGGCGUGUAUCAUGCGCAAUACUUCUAUCGCGAGGAAAAUCCUCGGUUGCAGGAUACGAUAAUGAAUUGCUUUAUGGGUUCGUUGGUCACAACCACUUCCAAGGAAGUAGAAAUGGAAUAUUUUAUCGAAAAUGGGAAAAGCUACGAGGUCAGAUUGAUUUACAGAACCACCGAUCUAUUCAGUUGGAAGGGAUUCGGAUUCUUCGGUUUGCAAGACUUCGAAUUCGGUAAAGUUGUGUCAGAAUAUCCGGAGAACGAGCGAUUUAUUAUGGAGACAUCAAUGGAGGAUUCACAUUGCGAAGAAAAGAAAGUUGAACGCGAUGGUAAAAAGACGACAUCCUAUUCAUGUUACACGCCGGAAAAGCCGUCUGGCGUGUUGUAUGAUAGGAGUAAAUUUGUCAUCGAAAGAGUUUUAGCUGGAGUGCAUACCGAUCCGUCCAAAACAUAUACGGUUAGAGGAAAAUGUGAUGAAGGCUGUGUUCUGUUUGGCAUUGAAGUUAUUCAGCUCGGUUUGCUGGAAACUAAUUUGAAAUUGUGAACUUCUACAUGACCACGGAACUGCACACAUUUUAGUAUUUAUUAUUCGACUGCCAGAUGGUUUUGUUCGGUAAAAUAAAAUUUAGCAAACAGAAAGUCGA